AUGUGGUGUUUUCUACUUUUGACUCUCUUCGUCACAGUCCAAGGACGCGCGGUAAACAUCAGUAACACAUGGGUUUUGCCGGAGGAGGGAUUUCCAGUGUUCUAUCGCUACUUCAGAGACCGCAUCUCCUGGUACGAGGCUGACGCGGUCUGCCAAUUCCAUCAUGCCAACCUUGUUACUGUUGACACAACGGCACAAUAUGACGCAGUGCGCGCUUAUCUGAAGGAGUUGGACAUCUCUAGCGCAGUGUGGGUUGGCCUGAUACGAAGCAAUCCUGAUGGCGACUUCACUUGGACGGAUUAUCGCGGCUUAAGUGGCGAUGGCUACUGGAGCUCUGCACCGGAUACUCGCUCCGCCCCUCUGUGUGCUGCCGCCGACCCUACUGCAGACUAUCGUUGGGAGGCCCGAGCCUGUGGUGGACCCUCUGUCGCCUCCUUCAUUUGUGAACUACCUGUACCUCAAUGGGCACUGGGCAACGAAGGUUGUAUGCUCCGUGCAUUGCCAGCUCUAACUGUUUUAUACUUACCUGAGAGCGCGGCUGUACAGCUUACUGUGGAUUGCGGUCUAGAUGGAGUGAAACGUGUUCAAUGCACCGGAAAUAUGAAACGGGAAGACCUUCUUAAAGAUCUUUCUUGUACUGUGGAGGAUCAGGUAUCAACUACAUUUGCUACAUCUUCAGCUACAUUUUGGGCUACUACAACAGAUACUUCAAUUUCCGAUCAAGAAAUUAAUAAUGAAUUGAGCACUGAAGAAAAUGGUACAACACAGCAUGAGGACGAUAUUAAUCAAUCUAUUUCUACAAAGCUAUUAUCUUCUACUAAUUAUGUUCAUAGUACAACAGAAAAAAUAUCAGAAGAAAGCUUUUCAAACAUAAAUCAACUAUACAAAUUUCCAAUAGCAAAAAAUAUUAACAUUGAUGUUAUAAGUCAUAAUAAUCUUCAAAGCAAUGAUAUAUCUAGUUCAGUUAGUAACGAUGAUCUUUUUACAAAUGAACAAACAGAUAAGCUAGAAGAUGAGAAACAUAUGCAGCAUAAAAAAUUGCACGAGGAACUUGCUCGUCUUGGUAACUUUGAAACAAUAUUUAAUCAGCCUACAGAUCAUUUUGUGCCACCUCUUGUUAUGGCCAAGGCUAAAAUUAGUGAUGACAUGACUGCUUUAUCGAUUGAAGAAAAAUUAGCUCAACAGCUCGCUGAGCGACAAUUUAUGCAACAUGAAAAUAUAGGAAGUGAUUCUUCAGAUAUUAAAAGUGAACCAAGAGAACACUCAUCACUAGAAAAAAUAGAUGAAAACGUUAUAACGGAUAAACCAAUUAAUACAAUAUCCACAACUAUGGCUAGUGAAUCAAAAUAUAGAGGACCCAAAGAAUAUAAUUAUGAUGACAUUAAGCCGAAAAUGUUGAAAAAAUUGAAUAUUAAAUCAUAUUCCUCAGUCAAAACUGGUUACUUUGAAACAUCUACACCCACAGUAACUACAGAUCGUUUGCAUACAACAACCACUGUAAAACCAAUAACACAAAGGCCUUUUAAAUAUGAAAAUCAGAAACCAAAUAAAGAUUCAUCUCUUGAACUUACUGUUAUAAUAAAAGAUCCAGAACAUAUUGAAGUAAACGAAACUAGUAUAUCUCAUGUCAAUGUAACCGAAACACUCAAACAAUCAAUAAAGCCAAAAAAGAAGAUAACUCCUAUGAUCACGGACAAAGCUAUUAUAUUAAAUGAUGAAGUAAUUAGAAUACAAAUAUUAAAAGAGAAAGGCUUAAACCAUUCGAAUAUUGAUAUAACAGUGUAUGAAGUUACUACAAAAGUACCAAGUAUCAAUGAAGAAAAAAAUAAAGAAAGACGUCAGAAUUCUGAUAGUACCUUAACAUCUAGCGUUUUACCAACAGUGACACAUUCAUAUGAUAAUGCAACUUCUUCUCCCUCAACAGAUUCAAUAAAUGCUUCAAGAGACAUUGAUAAUGUAAACAAAACUGACGACGUUCUAUCCACUGAAGAAUCCUUAAUAACAAUAAUCACUGAUCUAAAUCUUGAUACGAAUACUAAUGUUUCUAUGUUUGAUUACUUGGGAAAAAACCUUUUUGAUGAUGUCCUACUCUCUAAUAUCUCAUUAAAGGAAAAAGCAGAUACAUUUAAUGAAACUGAUUUUAUCGAUCAGGUUGAUAAAAAUAAUACGGACGAAACAACUAAAAUUGAUGAUUUGAAUUCACCCUUACUAUCGGCGGCCAGUGAACCAUUACACAAACCUAUAAGAUCCAGGCGACCACAACAGAAUCGAGUUAAUAAAUUUAAUCCGUUUCGUAUAUUAGGU